GCCCAUUGUUCUGCGUAAGACCGCGCAAAUGCUCAUGUAAUGUUACAACGCAACGUGAAAAACCCAUCCAUUGCGGCGGACGUCUACGCUAGAUCGGUGCUCUCGCGUGCGUCAAACUCAGGAUUUUGACAAGUCAUGAGUUUUCAAGAACAGUUUAACCUUAUGUGCAAGGAAUUCAAUGUGGAACCAGCAAGCAGUAUCACAGAAAACCUCUGCAUUAGCAGGACGGACGGCCGACUGGACCUGUCUGGCAGCGACGUCCCGACCGAGCAGGCGGCCGUGCUCGGCAACCUGCUCUCCACCACAGCCGACGUCACGCAGCUCUGCCUCAACGACUGCCUGCUCUCCGAGGAUGCCCUGAAGGCACUGUGCCUAGGCCUGUGCCUGAACACAUCGGUGGAGCUGCUGGAGCUCCGGGGUAACAACGUGCGCGGCCCGGGUACGGAGCACCUGGCCACCCUGCUCAAGAAGAACGGCCGCCUGCGCGCGCUCACACUCGAGUGGAACAACCUCGGCCUGAGCCCGCCGUCGUUCCGCGUGUUUGCCGACGCGCUGCGCACCAACCGAGGCUUGACGUCGCUGGACCUGCGCAGCAACCAGCUGGACCACCAGUGCGCGGCGUACGUGGGCGCGCGCCGUGGCCCUCCAACCGCCACCUCAGCCACCUCGGUAAUGGGCGGGAGAUGUGGGGAAGAGAAGGGCCAGGCGCUCUAA